AUGGUUAAUAACAAACAAAAGGUAUCAAGUGGAACUAGCAAAAACUUUAGGGGAAUCAGUGAUAAUGAAGAGGAUUUACAUGAAUUUCAAUCAUUACCAAAAAGAAUCAAAAUUGAAUUGGGUCAAAAUAAGGACAACCCAAUAUAUAUUCAUGAUGAUCUUAGUUCUCAUGAGGAUACACCGCCCCUUGAAAAUGUCUUAAACAUCACACCUAGAGCUUAUUUACAGCAUUAUUUGCCAUUGACAUCUAUUUUAAACCAAUAUUGCGCAAAAGAAGAUACUUCACCUUAUGA